UGUUUACGGUUCAGAGAGAGAAGAAGGGCGAAGGAAGACGAGAAAAUAGGCGCUGGGCUCAUAGCCAUUAGGGUUUAUAGAGAGAAGGAAGUAGGAAAAGUUCUUCUGCUUUGGUUUAUAGGGAGAGAAGAAGGAAGAAGGAAGAGUUGAUCGACUUCACAAACCCUAAUGCCCAAAUAGAAAGGCCCUAACUGAUUUUUAGAGAGAGAAAAGGAAGAUGGGAUGCUGAUUUGGGAUGGUUUGAAGAGGAUUUUUCUCUCUGAUUUGAGUUGUUGUUUGAGAGAAAGCCCUAGUUAUACUGAUUUGUGACGAGGCCCUAACUAAUUUUUUGAUUUGUGAAGAGGCCCUAACUGAUUUUUAGAGAGAGAAAAGGAAAGAGGGUUUUUCAUUUUGUUGGGGAAACAGGAAGCAGAGCUGAAAGAUUAGGUCUGGCGGAUUGCUUGCUCUUUUUGAAGAAAUAACGGCUUUCCUGUAUCUUGCUCCACAAACCAGGAAAACCUGUAGAAAUUCGAAACUGUCAACCUGAAAUAUCAUUGUUAAAGUGGUGAUAAUUUCUCUUUUGACCAGUGUACCAUACCUUGGAUUAGUUGCUUGAUUUCUUGGCUGAAUUGCUAGGGUAUCAUAAACACCUUUUUACUGCGUUAUUUCAAUUUUGUUUCUCAAUCAUUUGCUAUUUGAAACAAAAGCAGGUCAAAUACCAACAAAACCAAAAAAGGUUGCUGUAAAUUGCAGUGGUGAAUCUUGAGAAACCCAAUAUUUUGCCAGACAUUGCAGUGCUGAUUACCAAGAAUAGCAUAAAUUUUAUCUGAAAAUCGUAAGGAUAGAAGAAAGCACCAUACUCACCUAGUCUUGAUUUGAGAGAUGAUAUGAUUAUUCGAACAUGAAUGAUGGCGGUGGGGAGAGCAGAAGAAACAUCGAUGAGUGUAAGAGCGAGAGAGGUGGAGAACAAGAGGAGGACGAGUUUGGUCGAGCAGUUACUAGGGUUUCGGUUGCACAAAUAUGUGAGAGUGCAGGGUAUCACACCUUUCAGCGCUCAGCCCUUGAAGCCCUUGCUGACAUAGCCCUGAGGUACCUUCGUGACCUAGGUCGAUCUGCUCGCUUCCAUGCCAAUUUAGCAGGAAGAACGGCGUGCAAUGUCUUUGAUGUUAUACAAGCAUUGGAGGACUUGGGUUCAUCUCAGGGCUUUGCAGGUGCAUCAGAUGUGAACCACCCACUAGCUGCGUCAGGUGCCCUUAAAGACAUAAUUCGGUACACCAAUAUAGCUGAAGAGAUCCCCUUUGCUAGGGCGGUACCCCGAUUUCCUAUCCCAAAAACCCGAAAACCCACCCCUAGUUUUUUGCAACUAGGUGAGACCCCACCUCAUAAGCACAUUCCUUCGUGGUUACCGGCCUUUCCUGAUCCCCAUACAUACAUACACACCCCUGUUUGGAAUGAAAGGGGAAGUGAUCCUAGGACUGAAAAGUUAGAGCAGGCAAGGCAGAGGAGGAAGGCUGAGAAAUCUCUUGUGAGUUUACAGCAACGGUUAGCUUGUAAUGGGGCCACAAUGGCUUCGAUGGAUGGGGAACUAAAAGGGAAACGGCCAUUAGAUGGAAACAACCCAUUUCUCGCUCCCCCUCUUCUAUCUGGGGAGAAGGAAGCUUCGUUGGUUCCUAUGCCUGCUGGUCUUUCUUUGAAAUCUCCUGAUGAGAACAUUGAGAAGAAACCAGGCGGUUUGUCUGUUGUGAAUGCCUUUGCUCCUGCUAAUGAAGCAGCAAAGGGUGGUGGCCUCAUUGACGAGGCGAGGCAACUGAAGCCGAAAAGACCAGUUGUGCAAUUCAAAUUUGGAUUGGAUAAGAGAACUGUGAAUCCCGCACCGUUGUUGUUUGGUAACAGGUACAAUAGGACUGGUGGUAAUGCAACGGACAUGUCUUGGUUCUCAAGGGAUGAGGAGAAAGAUGACAAAAAGAAGAGAGCUGAACAGAUUCUAAAGGAAGCCAUGGAGAACCCACAGGAACUUGUUCAAUUGUAAUUUAUUGGAUGGUGUGAAGGAGAUAUUCAUUGUUUGUAGGGUGAGGCUAAUACGACCGGGAAUUGACUUUUUGACUACCUGCUGUUCGUGCACAAUGCUGAAUUGGUUGUUGUGAAUUGCAUUUGCUUGUGAAUGUCUCAUUGGAUGAAUUCCAUGCUGACACAGGUCUGAGUUUAUGGUUGGAGGUUCAUGAAAAAUUGGUAGGAAAUGGUAUCAGGUGUUCUUGAGUUGAUGCUUGAGGUAUUGUAACAAUCUGUCUGAUACAAUGUCCUUGUAACAGUGUCUAGAUCGAUUCUUUAUAAAUGCAUUUUAUUUUCAUCUUUUCUUGUGACCAA